AUGUCCGUGGUCCCAUCGGGCAGGACUUCUUCCUCCCAAUCCAUACCCGUGUGUCUCACCUGCUCAUGGCUCCUGCUGCUCUUCUAUGGUGCUUUGGCACAGAAACCGGCGAAGCUCCCUCUCAUCGGCCGAAAACCCUUCAUCGCUGCCUGGAACGCCCCUCUGGACCUGUGCACCAUCAAAUACAACAUCACUGCCAACUUGGAAAAACUCUUUCACAUUCACGGCAGCCCUCGCGCCGACUGGACGGGCCAAAAUGUCACCAUAUUUUACGCCAACAGACUGGGAUAUUACCCGUACUACACUUUGCAAGGCGACCCGGUACAUGGCGGACUUCCACAGAACUGCAGUCUUGAGCUACAUUUGUUCAAAGCCUUCCAAGACAUCAACCACUUCAUCCCAGCCGAGGACUUUCGCGGUCUCGCCGUGAUCGACUGGGAGUUCUGGCGACCGCAGUGGAGCCGGAACUGGCACAAGAAAGACAUCUAUCGCAAGAAGUCUGUAGAGCUAACGAGCAAGGCGUAUUUUAAUGUAACGGAUUCGCAAAUAGAGGAGCUGGCGAGAAGGCGGUUUGAAAAGAGCGCCAAGGCUUUCAUGCAACGGACUAUUCAGCUGGGAACGCGCCUUCGCCCCAACGGACUGUGGGGAUUCUACCUCUACCCAGACUGUCAUAAUUAUAACUUCCAUGAGCAGAACUACACGGGAUUCUGCCCCCUGCUGGAGAGGAUGAGGAACGACGAGCUGCUGUGGCUCUGGAAUAGCAGCACAGCGUUGUUUCCGUCCGUGGCCAUACGGAAAAGCCACACCAACAGCAUCAGUAAUUUGCACUUUUCGCAGCACCGGAUCCGCGAGGCGACCAGGGUGGCCUCGUUGACCUCGAAGGAGUACGACCUGCCCACGUACGUGUACCUCCGGAUGGGGUACAGAGAUGAGGCACUGACUUUUCUCACAAAUAAAGACUUGAUCCACACAAUCGGGGAGAGUGCUGCUCUGGGGGCAGCGGGCUUCGUGAUCUGGGGAGACUUGAACCUGACCUCGUCCAGGCACAACUGCACCAAAGUCAAGCACUUCCUGAGCCACCGUCUGGGCCAGUACAUCACCAACGUCACGCGAGCCGCCGAGCUCUGCAGCGACGCCCUGUGCCAGAGCAACGGCCGCUGCGUCCGGAAGAAUCCUCGCGCUCGCCACUACCUCCACCUCGACCCCGACAGCCACCGCAUCGUCCCGACCGGCGACGGAGACUUCACCGUCAGCGGCUGGCCCUCCCCGCACCACCUCCAGCUGCUCCGCAACCGCUUCAAGUGCCACUGCUACGAGGGCCACGAGGGCGAGACCUGCGACAGCGUCAACGUGGUGAAGGAGGAGGAGCUACCGGGCCGCAGGGAGGAAGAGGAGGAGCAGGAGAGGAAGAGGACAGAGUGGGAGCGCGAGCAGGGUGAACGCUAUGACGGGAGAGAGAGCGCGGCCCAAGUGCACGUGGCCGGCGCCUGGAUCACGGGGACGAUGCUAACGUUGUGCGUGUUUGCGUCGAGGGCACAUCUAUGA